AUGCAGCUUGAUACUGGUAAAACCUCAGCUGGUCUUGUAGGGACAUUCAGGAAUAUCAUCAGGGAAGAAGGUGCAGGUCGCCUUUACCGAGGACUCGUGCCUCCCUUGAUGUUGGAGGCACCUAAGCGUGCUGUGAAAUUCAUGCCUUCACAGGAAAGUUUCGUCGUCGUACCUUUCGAACUCGUAAAAAUCAAACUUCAGGACAAGAAAAGCACCUACAAAGGACCUAUUGAUGUUGUGAAGCAAGUCGUCCAGAAGAACGGAUUACUUGGCCUAUAUGUUGGAAUGGAAUCAACCUUCUGGAGGCACGUCUACUGGAACGGAGGAUACUUCGGAUCUAUCUAUCAAAUCAAAUCACUCCUUCCCAAGCCUCAGACUCAAAAGGCUGAACUCCUCAACAACUUCAUCUCCGGUGCAAUUGGUGGCUUCGCCGGAACCGUGCUCAAUACCCCAUUCGAUGUCGUCAAAUCUCGCAUUCAAGGAACUGAAAAGAUACCCGGCGUUGUGCCAAAAUAUAACUGGACAUACCCUGCUUUAGCUACAAUUGCCCGCGAGGAAGGACUGGGAGCUUUGUACAAAGGAUUUAUACCCAAGGUUCUUCGGCUCGCCCCAGGAGGUGGCGUUCUACUCCUUGUUGUAGAGUUUACGUUGGGUAUCUUUAGGACCGGUAGAGUGAAAUUUUUUACCUCUCAUAUUCAGUGA